AUGAAAAUGGAGGAAAUGACUUUGUCGGGCCUGGAUAACAGCAAGUUGGAGGUAAGUUGCCUCCCUUGAGGCUGAAAGGCUUCUUACAAGGAUUUGGAGGGAGCAGUGCCAUCAAAGGCAGGCAGAAAUUGAUGGGUUCGUGAAAAGUCUGAGGUGGAGGACCUGUUCUCCUAGGUACAGAAGUUCAUGCCAGUGUGGUGUAGUGGUUAAGAGCGGUAGACUUGUAAUCUGGUGAACUGGGUUCGCUUCCCCUCUCUUCCACAUGCAGCUGCUGGGUGCCCUUGGGCUAGUCACACUUCUCUGAAGUCUCUCAGCCCCACUCACCUCACAGAGUGUUUGUUGUGGGGGAGGAAGGGGGAGGAGAUUGUUAGCCCCUUUGAGACUCCUUAGGGUAGUGAUAAAGCGGGAUAUCAAAUCCAAAUCCAAACUCUUCAUGCAAGCCAGGACUUUAGCCCCAGAGCCUUUCCAUCAUGAGAGUUGCUGGAAGGAUAUUAGAAACUGGGAUUCCUCCCCCCCUUUUAAUAAAGAGACUUCAUCCUUUGUAUUGAUUGUGUGUUGGAAGCACAACCUAUUCUGACAUCUAUUAGGAAUAUUGAUUCAUUUUACACGGUUACAAUUUCACAGCCUUGCUGCCAUUUCUUUUGACUUUGGUGCCCCGGGAAUUUAGAAUGAGGCUACACUCACUCUUGUUUCUGUGGUUUACCUCUGAGUAGACUUAACUAGGAUUGUAUUGCAGUGUAGGCAAUUCUGGGUGACCUUUUACGACUGGUUCAAAUGACUUGUGUGUUCUGGGGUGUGGAAGUGCAAGCCACUUGCAUUUCCUGUCCAACACCUUCCCCUCCGCUUUAAAAAACAGCCAUGAAGAACGAUUGAAGUCUUCCAGGCAGUGUUUGGAUUGUAGGUGCUUCUUGCCUUCUUGAGAACAGAGUUGGGGAGUGAGGGGGGACAUGGCUAGUGGAAAUCCUCUUAGCAGGAUGCAGCAAUGUACAUUAAUUUGGCUGGAUAGCUUGGUUGGUAGAGCCUGAAACUCUUAAACCCAGAGUCGUGGGUUUGAGCCCCACACUGGGUGAAGGACCCCUGCAUUUCAGGGGGUUGGGCUAGAUGACCCUUGUGGCCCCUUCCAACUCUACAAUUCCAGAGUGUUUUAUGGGGGCUGAACUCUGGACUGGGAUCAGAUUCUGAGGCUUAAACCAUGGGCAAUGGAUGCUGCUCCCAGUUCAACCUUGCUCUUGUUCUCUAUGGCUCUCACUGGUCUUGUUCUUGGUCUUGGUCUUCUUGCUUCCUAGGCUGUGGCUCAUGAUAUCUAUACAGACUUGAUUGAGGAUGCCUGCCUGGGCUUGUGCUUUGAGGUCCACCGGGCUGUCAAAUGUGGCUAUUUCUUUUUGGAUGACACAGAUCCUGAGAGCAUGAAGGACUUUGGUAAGUAUGUGUUGCAGCCAAUCAUUCCUCCACCCCCAUCCCUUGCCCCUUACCAGAAAUCCAGCAUAGAUUUUUAAAGGGUGCUUCUUUGUUUUAAUGCCUUGAGUCUAAUCCAUGGGUAGGCAAACUAAGGCCCAGGGGCCGGAUCUGGCCCAAUCGCCUUCUCAAUCCGGCCCGUGGAUGGACCGGGAAUCAGCAUGUUUUUACAUGAGUACAAUGUGUGCUUUUAUUUAAAAUGCAUCUCUGGGUUAUAUGUGGGGCAUAGGAAUUCAUUCAUUCCCCCCCCCCAAUAUAGUCCGCCCCCCCAAGGUCUGAGGGACAGUGGACCGGCCCCAUGUGAAAAGUUUGCUGACCCCUGACUCUAAUCCAAUUCCUUGAUUAAAUUUGUGCUCAUGCAUAUAUUUAAUACCAUCACAGCUGCCAAAGGUUCAUUUUCCAUUUUUAAAAGUUACUUCUUUCUCUCUCUCCCCCGCCCCCCGCCUUCUAAAGUGAGUGAUUUAAGAAGCCACUCAUAAUGGUGGGCUGCAGAAUUUUAUGCUUGGGGAAAGGGAGGGUGGUUAAAUCCAGACCACAGCGUGGCACAUACAAAGAGCAGGGGAACUGCAGAAUGGUGCCUGCAGAACGAAUUGCUACAGAGGCAAUACGUUCCGUGCUGCAAGGAACUUGCAUGAAGGGAGCUUGGUGGCAGGAUGAGCUUAAAGUCGCCUGGGAAAUCUUUUGCUCGAGACUGCAGGAUUUAAGAAGAGGGGAUCAAAGUGGUUAGGUGAAUUAGUGGGGUUCCCCAGCUGGUGCCCCCCACCACUCCUUUGGAUUCAGCUAGUCCCUCCCACUUGAGAAACCAUCUCCCAUUUCUUCCCUACUCCCAGAAAUUGUAGAUCAGCCGGGACUGGAUAUCUUUGGCCAGGUCUACAACCAGUGGAAGAACAAGGAAUGUGUUUGCCCAAACUGCAGCCGAAGCAUUGCCGCCUCCCGCUUCGCCCCACACUUGGAGAAGUGCCUUGGCAUGGGCCGGAACAGCAGCCGCAUUGCCAAUAGGAGGUGAGGUCUAAGAAUCGAAGCCUUGCCAGAAAACCAAACCUCUCAAAAUGGUGUUUUGGGUAGCAAAGGUUGUGAGAAGGCCAAGGGUAGGAUUUCUGGAAGAAGGAACAAAUGCCAAAAACGGGUGAACUUUUGGCUUCUGGUUCAUACCAGGUUGUGCAUCUCCUGUGCUUAAAACAAUUUUUUGAUGUCUUUGCCAUGCUGAACCUAAAUUCUGCACCGCUAAGUAGCUUACGUGGCAUGGCUGGAAAAUACAGCCCAGAUCAACCCUAGCAAUUGCCUGGUCUGGUCUGGAGUCGUAGCUAAGAGAGGGUUCGAAUCUUGCCUCUGCCCCUGACCUUCCCAAGUCCAAAUGGCCUUGGUAAAGCUGCUGUUUUCUGUCCUGACCCUUCUUUUCUUCUCCCCAUCCCUGGUCUUCCAUAUGGGGAUCAUUACACAGAAUUCAGAGGGAUAUUGAAAGGGAGGGAGUACUGAGGGGUUUUGUGUGAAUUGCUAUAAACACUCAAAAAGUGUUAUAAUUGCAAUGGCAUAAUUAAGAACCUGCUGCUGGUGACAAAUCAGAAGAAAGUGUGUCUUUGGCCUUGACUCUGCUUGCUCCAUUACACUGUAUCCUAAUAAGGUUUUCAAACUUUCCACCAACAGGGACCCCUUUUUAAAAUUCCCUUUUUCGGCAAAAACCCCCUUGCCUUGUUGGCAUGGGUGUGGGAGCAGUUUCUGGGGCCACGUGCUCAGUUCAUGUAGAUAUUUGCCAGCCUUGCUUGGGGGCUUCACCUCUUUGUGGGAACUGGGAAUGUGUCAUGGACUACAGCCUUGUGCCUGCGCUUUGCAGAGGAAGACAGUGGUGGGAACACAGGCAUUCCUGUUAGUUACGAGUCGGCCUUCAGACGUGGCCAUGUAACUUUCAGGGGAAGUUAAUCACCAUUAAGUGUCAUCUUCGCCAUUCAAAACUGCUGCUCAAACUUUUCCUCCUCCCACCGCAAAGCUGUCUAGCUCACUUUCUUUUUUCCUCUUCCUGUUCCUUUUGCUAUAGGAUAGCAAGCAGUAACAACAUGAACAAAUCCGAGAGUGACCAAGAAGACAACGACGAUAUAAAUGAUAAUGACUGGUCAUAUGGAUCCGAGAAGAAAGGUAAGACAAGGAAGGGGUUUGGCGGCAUAUUAUUUAUUCUGUUUAUAAAUAUUCUGUAAUGUUUUCUGGCUUACAACAAUAAAACCUCAAAGGAACGGGUGUUCAAAUAAUAUGGAUAAACCAAACCGUAACUAGACGAAAACGGGAAUGAUUUACAGAUGGAACAAAAGAAAUUCCUUUAGGUGGGCAGCUAAGGCUUUAGAGGAGGGACCGGUCUAACAGAUGCAGAUGUUGCUGAACCACUACUCCUGCCAUCCAUGACAAUGGACCAUGUUAGGGCUGAUGGGAGUUGAAGUCUAGCAACAUCUGGAUGGCCACAGGUUCCCCAUAGGCAUCUCUGGCCUGUGGGAGCAUGUAGCCCAGUUCAAAAGUUGUCCAUUUGCAUCAGGUGUUUGGCUUUAUGAAGAAAGCAGAGGAUGGGGGAAAUAGCCUGGAAACAUUAGACAGAACUGGGUUUGUUCUUUUUUUUCAGAUUGGUAGGCCAAGGCUUUAUCAUGUUGAGGAAUAUCAUCAUUUGACUUAGAAUAUCAUUGUGCAGCAUUCUGUCUACAGUGUUUCCCAAACUAGAGGUCUCCAGCUGUUUUUGGACUACAACGCACAUCAUCUCUAGCUAGCAGGACCGGUGGUCAGGUAUGACGGGAAUUGUAUUCCAGAAACAGAUGGAGACCCAAGUUUGGGAAACGCUGGAAGGUUUUGCGGAAAGCAUUUGUCAGAACUGGCCUUUGAGCUAACAGAGACUGUGCUUUGUUCUUGGGGUGUUUUGUUAAAAUAGUCUUGUCUCUUUUCCUUCCUAGCAAAAAAGAGAAAAUCAGAUAAGGUAAGACCAUCCUUAUGCAUACUGGCGCAGUUAAAUGAGAUGUACCUUUUCUAACUUUUUUUUUGCAAAGAGUCGUCAGUACAGGAGAAAGCUUAAAGACACACAUCCCUUGUGCAUGUGAGCAGACCUGCUGGUUUCCCUCAACUUUCUCGAUCUUAAUCUAUAUGCCUAAUGUUGCUUGCCGAAUCUUGGGAGGGUUGGGGGAGGCUGUUGAUGGAGAGGACUGCAUCCUUUGGAAUGGCCUGGUGGUAGAUUUUACUCACACUUGUUCUGAUUGGCAGCUUCUCAGGAGGAUCCCCUCCAGCAGCUUGUUGAGUGAUUCUGGUCCCCAACUCUGUUGCACAAAGAUCCUGUAAAUAUACUUCUGUGUACCUGGAUGCUUCUUUUUAAUUUUUUACUGCUAGACAGCGCACCUGCUCUGUUGGUUAUGGCAAGGAGUGCUUGGCUUUUGGGGCUUGAUAACUUUGGCCAUUUGACCACUGCCUUCCUCUGAUGUAACUUUUCUUUUCCUUUUUUUAAAAAAAUAAAUGUUAUUAGGGUUUAUAGAGAAAAAUACAUAAUUUAAUAUCAAACAUAUUUCCCCCUCUUUUUUUUUUGUCCAAACUAAGCCUUUAAAUACAGUAUAAACAUAAAGAGAAGGGGGGGGGAGAGAGAAAGAAUAAAGAAAUAGAAAUAGAAAAGAGGUUAAGAGAGAGAGAGAGAGAGAAAUAAAAUUCAGAAGGUAAGGGACUUCUGAUUCUUCAUCUCUCGGCUAUAUAUAAACAAAAUUCACUUCACCCACUCCAAUAUAAUACCCAGCAAAGCCACUUUCCAUAAACAAAUAUUAUCUUCAAUCAUCAAAUCCAAAUGUCAUUAUUUCUUGUUCUUUUUCACUCCAAAAGCCUACGGGAGUUUUCCAAUCUUUUAACAAAUGUUAGCAACGACUUUUCCCUGAUUAAACAUGUCUGUUUCACCAUCUCAGUGGAGUCCGUUAGUUUUAACAGCCAUUCUUCUGUUGCUGGUAACAAUGGGUCCUUCCAUCUUUCUACAUAUAAAAGUCUCGGAGCCGUAAUCGUAUAUUGAAGCAAAGUUCCAUAGUCCCCUCUGAUGACACUUUUCAAAGUUAGCAGUAAGGUGUGUUUUUUUAAAAAAAAAUGAUCCUUUGCUGCUCUUCCCCUUUUGUUUCAGAAUCCCAACUCGCCCCGACGAUCCAAGUCCCUGAAACAUAAAAAUGGUGAGUGCAUUAUGUGUGUCGGUUCUCUUCGCUCAUUCCCUCCUUACACACCAUAGCAGCAUUUCCUGGGCUCCUGAAGCAUACUUCUCUGUGUUAAUUAAAAUCUGGCAUCCAAGUAGAUUGGGGUUGACAGGGAAAGGCGUAGUAUGGAUAGCCUUUAAAUUGGUCUGACAGGUAGGGAGAGCUUUUUUAAAACACACACACACACACACACACACACAAAAUUUGGAAGCUUCAAAUGGGGCCUAAUGGCUAUCUGGGAUGAUGAUUGUGUGUGUAGCAGUUCUUUAGACCAGAUGCAGAUGGAGCCAAUGGAAAGAGGGUGUUGCAAAAAAUACUUGGGAACAGGCGUUAUGCAGGGCAGCUCUGAAACCACAAUGCAGAAUGGGGAACAUGCUCCGAGAUGCAUGAUAGCUCAGUUGGUAGAACAUGAGACUCCUAAUCUUAGAGUCGUGAGUUUGAGCCUCACAUUGGGCGAAAUAUUCCUGUGUUGCAGGGAGUUGGACUGGGUGACCCUUGCGGUCCCUUCCAACUGUAUGAUCCUAUGACACUCAGCCUAUCCCUCAACUCAACUUGCCCCUGCAUUCCUUCCUAAUAAGCCCUCAGUGCUGCCGGGAGAGUGAAAUGGGGAGGGGGGAACUUUAUGGCCUUCCAGAUGUCACUGUACUCUGAUACCCACCAGCCACAGCUCGCAUGGCCAAUGGUCAGUUAUGUUGAGAAUUGUAGACCAGCAACACCUGGCAGUUGAUAGUUUCUGCACCCUUGGAACAAAGUGAGCUUUUCACCUGCGCUGUGCUUGUGUUCACCUGCGCUUUUUACCUGCGCUGUAUUACGUUGUGCUUGUGUGUGUGUGUUACUAUACAAAGAUAAAAUAUACCAGGCAUGUCCAACCAGUAACAACUUUGCUGGUCUCCCCCAAAAAAGCUCAACAAGUUUGGUCAAUCCAAUGGGUUGUUUUUUUAUAGUGCGAGUAGAUCGCAGUCUCUUGAGAGUUGGACGUGCCUGAAAUAUACAAAUGAAAUUCAUGGUUUUGCAACUCAAGUUCUUGUUUUGUGCAUUUCCUAAGGUGGAGGCCAGACAUCACUAUUAAUAUGCAUCCUCUUUUCUUAUUUUUCUUUUCCCCCUUCCCUAGGGGAACUGAGUGGUAACUCGGACCCAUUUAAGGUGAGUUUAGCUUGUCUCUGUAGCUCUCAACUUCUUGUGUCCUGCUUCAGAGAACUUCAGGAAGACCAUAGAGCUGUCCACUGGGGUCUGAGUGGGCUUUCAAGGGCCGCAGUAUGGAAGCCACUGUGAAUAGAGAAUGCCCUUGGAGAAUUGGGCCCAAAAAGCAAUCACUCUUAUUUGUGUAACCUCUAAAGUGCCUUGGCCUGUGUGUAUUCUGUUCCAAUAGUAUAACAACUCUGCUGGAAUCAACUAUGAAACGCUGGGCCCUGAGGAGCUCCGUACUUUGCUCACUACGGUGAGUACCAGAGUUUCCUUCUGCCUCUUGCUGUCGUGCACCAUCAGCUGCAAGGGUUGCCUGUUAACUAUGACUUCUUUGCAAUUGGUCGUUGACUGCAAUAAAAUGACUUGCUUACUUUGGCUUCCUACCAGAACCUCUUUUGUGAGCAUCCAAGUCAGUGAUAGCCGGAGGGCUCGUAACAUCUCUUAGCUAAGUCCCACGGUGUGUUUGAUGGAUAGAUUAGCUAUUUGCAACAAAAUACUACCUUUAAUAUUUAUUUAGCCCCAGCUCACUUGUUUGUUGGGGUGCACGGAACAGGGAACAGCAGAGGAGGUGGCGACACAGGCAAGGCUCUGUAGGGUUAGGUUUUGAAGCACAAGGUCAGCCUGGAUAGCUCAGUUGGUUUAGAGCACAGGGCUGAUAAGCAGGUUGCAGGUUCAGACCCUGUAUGGGACAGUGCAUAUUCCUGCAUUGCAGGGGGUUGAACUAGAUGAUCCUCAGGGUCCCUUCCAACUCUUAAAGGUCUGUGAAGGUUGCCGGAAAGGCCUUGACUAGCAACGUGGAGAUGACAGUGGCUGACGGAGGUGUGAAAGAAAGCUGUGUGCGCAGGAAUAUAUAUUGAUGCACUCUGUGAGCUGCUGCCUGGGCCUUGGUGUGGGUCCUCUCAGGUUUCCUUGUUUUUACCCCAUGGAGUGGUAUCGAGCUUGCCAGGGAUCAUGGCUUUACUCUCUUACCUUUCCCCUACUCUGAGUGGGAACGUUCCUCCACGUCUGUCUUCUCCAACUCCCAAGUAGGGUUGUUCAUAGCUUCCUUAAGACCAGGCUCUGCCCCUUCCAUACCUCACAUGAGAGUUCCCUUGCUUCCAGGUAGGCCAUAUUGGCUCACCCGCUUCCACAUUCCCAAUAACUUUCCAUCCUCCUUCAGCCCCGCUUGGAGCCACUGUAACUUUUGUCUUUAUCCCGGCAAUCCUCAUGGCAUUUCUGAGAACUCUACUUUCAUUUAGAGUGCUGCUCCUCAAUUUCUGGUGGCAAAAAUUGUUCUUACAACCCCCCUCCCCCCGUAUACUUUUCAGAAUGUGUAAAAGUAAGAAUCGCCUUCCAUCAGAGCUCCCUUCCCGCCCCCUAAUACAUAUGCGUGAGACACUGUUUUGAGUGCCACCUUGAUUUGGAAAGGGCAGAGUGACAACAUAAGCAGAGAUGAAACAGGUGGCCUCCUCUGAGAGGUGGGCGCGUUUGGUUUGCAGGGAACAGCUAAUAAAUUCCUUAUUCCCCAGUUCUAUUAUACCAUACAGUUAGAGCAUUAGUGAUAUCAUGCUUGGCUGAAAGGGGCCAGCCCACUUCUGUCAUACUCGGUGGACUUUGAUUUGUUCGCUGCUGCACGCUUUUCAUUUGUUGACGCUGUAUAUUUCCUUCUCCGUAGCAAUGUGGGGUGAUAUCUGAGCACACCAAGAAGAUGUGUACACGGUGAGAGCAGCCCUUCCUUCUACUUUCUUGAGCCCCAUAACCUCUUUCCGUUCCUCUACCGGUGCAACCGUUCCCAGGUCACAAGGAGAGUGGGAGGUAUUCACGACUGCCUGCUUGGGGUGGCUGGGUGGAAGUCCAGGUUAACUGCGAUGGAUCUGAAAGAACACCCACACCAUGAUCCGUUCGCUGCCGUUGACUCAGAAUUUACGCUCGGGGCCAAAAUAUGUCCUGAAAGCUGGGGGGGGGGGAGUGUAUUUCGCGUUGGGUUAGCUUGCAAACUGCCUGCACAGGCUGAAGGUGGAAGUGGGAAUCUUCCCGACUCUUCAAUCUACCCUUGCAACUUGCUGCUUCUGGUUUGCCUGUCCCAAUGCACCUUGUUUUGCUGGUCAUUUAUCAGUAGCUUAAAAGGCAACUAGCUCUUAAUGAGUUUGCGGAAGUUUCUUUGCCUGCUUGCUUGGAAGAGACUGGGAGUGGCCGCUGAGACCAUAUAACACCGGUCCUGAAAGACCUACAUUGGCUCCCAGUAUUUUUCUGAGCACAAUUCAAAGUGUUGGUGCUGACCUUUAAAACCCUAAACGGCCUUGGGCCAGUAUACCAGAAGGAGCGUCUCCACCCACAUCGUUCAACCUGGACACUGAGUUCCAGCUCUGAGGGCCUUAUGGUGGUUCCCUCACUGCGAGAAGUGAGGUUACAGGGAACCAGACAGAGGGCCUUCUCGGUAGUGGCGUCUGCCCUGUGGAAGGCCCUCCCAUCAGAUGUCAAGGAAAUAAACAAUUAUCUGAAUUUUAGAAGACGUCUGAAGGCAGCCCUGUUUAGGGAAGUUUUAAUGUUUGAUGUUUUAUCGCUUUAUUAUUAUUAAUAAAAAUAUUCUGUUGGGUGCCGCCCACAGUGGCUGGGGAAACCCAGCCAGAUGGGUGGGGCAUAAAUAUUAAAAUUAUUAUUAUUAUUACUCACCACACAUGGCCCAGCAAACAGUUGCUUACAAACCUGCCUUAGUUGUUGUCAUAGGACAGAGUCAGACCACUGGGAGCUGUGCAGGAACUGCUGAAAAACUCACUGUAUGAUUCCUGUAACCAGCAAAUUAAGCCCAGUGUUACCACCACCACCACCACCCAGUUUCCCCAGAAUUAUGACUGGCUAUGGAAGGAUGUUGGCAUUGGGCUUGACUGCCUGUCGGGGUGAUGGAUAACUUCCUUCCCAGAUGGCAAUGGGUGCCAUGUGUUCAGUUGCCAAAUGCCCACCGUAGCGCUUGCUGGUCUGCCGUUUAUGCUCCCAGUUGAUGUUAAUUGGGCUCAUUGGUAUCCAUUUAAGCUCAGUGCUUGUGGGCUGCUUCUGAUAUUUUAACCCUGGUGAAGAGACUGGGAGUUGUCCACCAGCUUGUGUUUCCAACCUCCCUUCUACCAUGAAAGUUUUGCCUUCACUUCUCUUGUCAGCCUGAACACUAAUGGGUUGGCAAAUGUUGGUGUAAGACAUAGUUGUAUACUACGGCUAAAACCUUAUCAGAGAAGAGAGGGAAAUCUGAAUAUCAUACAGGAGUGUACAGAUCCACAGACCUAUGCAAUUGACAGGCAGUGUCAAUGGUCUGCAUGUGUAGCUUUCCACGCUCAGUGUAGAGUAUCCAGGAUUGUGUGCACCCCAUGCUUUUUAUAUUUAAAAAGUCCAUUCAAAUUCUGUGAUAAAAAUUGGGCAGCUUGUAUAAAUUAUGAAAUUAAGCUCUGUGGCUUUUUCUUUAUUUUUUAUUUUUUUUAUUUUUGCAUAACACUGGUGGGAAACCUAUUAUCCUCCAGACGCUGGACUCCAGCUCCCAUCAGCCCCAAUCAACAUGACCAGUGGUCAGGGUUUAUAGAAGAAAAAACAUCUGGGAGGCCACAGAUUCUCCACUUCCGUCACACAGCCAUGGAGAGGUUGUGGAAGCCCCAUGUCUUUAUGAGUAGAAAUCCUGGUCAGCCUCACUCUGGCUUCUGAGGCUUCAACUGAGGUUGCCCCACACUUGCAAGCCUCUUGUUUUGCAGCCAUGAGAGCUACCAACUUGCUUUUAAUGAAAGACAGCUGAGGUCCAGAAAGUCACUGAAAUCAGUGCCCACUUUCCAAAUUUGAAAUGUGCAAAAUACACAGUUCUGGGUUUAUUACUGGACCAAGGGGCCUAUCUUUUUUUAAGGGAUGCUCCUGGUUGUAUGUUUCAGCACCCAAAUGAGCCCUUCAUAUGGCUGGCUUAGUUACUCCAUUUCCGGAAUAGCGCAAACAUUCUUUACUGCAGUCCAAAGACCCACAGAAACAGUUUUGGAAGCGAAAUACCGCAGGAACAAAGGGAAAAGAUUCCAAGGCAGUCACUGUGCUUUAUCCAUUUCUGGAAUGAAUAGCAAUCCGUUUAGGAACAGGAAAACCUGUGUUUCUCAGCUUGUGCCUCAUCCCUGACUUUUCCCCUUUUCCUGCAGGUCUUUGCGCUGCCCCCAACACACGGAUGAACAGCGGAGGUCAGUCAGAGUCUACCUCCUGGGACCCUCUGCGUAAGUGUGAUGGGAUGGAGGCAGGGCAGGUGUGGUAUAGGGAAACCCCCCCCUCCCAAAAAAGUGUCGUGUGAUUAACACUUAAGUUCAACUGGAAGGACUCUGGAGAAGGACUGUGCUUGCUUUUUAAAGAAAAGCUGAAUUAUUCAAUGGACAUAAAUUGAGCAUCUUUCUCUAGCUGAUUAGCAUAAUUCUGCAUAGGUGGUCAAGGGGAGGCGGCAGGACUGGGAGAAACCUUACUUGGCCAUCCUGCUCUCUUUUGGUUGUAUUUUUGCAGCUGUGAAGCUUGCAGGUGUUUUUUGUCUCCUUUCUUAGUAAACCCACACUCAGUGCAGCGUUUUGUGUUCCUUUGAAACCGCAGAAUUCAUUUUGUCUUGCCUGGAAUUUGUUGCCUGGAUGGAAGCUAACCUGAUCCAGCAGCAGCUCUCGCAAACAUGUCUCCUCCUUCAUUGGCUGCUGUGCUUCAAUACGCAGCAUGCAUUGAGAGCACCCAAAUUCUGCAUACAUUACUCACCUGAAUGACCCUUGCAUGCAUGCAUGCAUGCAUGCUCUCUCUCUCUCUCUUCCUCUCUGGCGUAACUUCCCUUCUGUUUGCACAUGAGUGGAAAGCCAAGAAGUUGCCCUGAAGCCUUACCAUCAGCAAGUCAUCCUCAGCCUCUAGCCACUCAAGCUUCUGCAAUUCCACCCCAUGCUGCCCACACAUCUUACAACUUGCUUUCUCAGUCAGCUAGACAAUUUUGUUUUAAUGCACUGCACAACAUUAGAUCACAUCCCCGUUACUCUGUAUCAGUUAAUAACUAGGGACCCUCUAGUCCGCGUUCAUUAUUGCAAAUUUAAAAAUUUCCAUUUUACCUGUAAAAGUUGGACCUGGUGGGGACAAGCCCUUUGUCAGUCCUAAUCUUGGUAUGACAACUUUGUUAAGAGUCUUGAAGUGUAAAUCAGAAGAUUUUGCCAUUUUGGUCUAGUUCAAGGAUUGGCAGCCUUUAGGGUCCUCUAGAUAUCACUAGAUUCCUACCUCCUAUCAGUCUCAGUCAGCGUGGACUGUGCUCAGGGACAGUGAAAAUGGUGGUCCAACAACAUCUGGAGGUCCACAGCUUCCCCAUGCCUGGUCUAGUCUGUUUCCAGGUGUGACCAGUCAGGUAACCCUGGGGACAAAAAAAUUCACUCCCAUAGUACCUGGUAUUCAGAAAAUAUACUGCUCUUACACAUGGAGGUUCCAUUUGGCUAUAAGGGUUAAAAGCCAUCUAUAAGAUCCAUUAGCCAUGAAUUCAUUCUAAUCCUUAAAAAAAAAAAGGAAAGCCAUCUAAGAUAGCUAUCUCCUUGAAGUCACACCCAUAACGAUGCAUUACUUCUGUCUGCAGCCAAUAAUUAGGGGGCCUGAAAUGCUAAUGUUGGGAGUUAUCUCAUCUGCAAAGUGAACGUUUUGCAAAGGUUUUGCAGAAUCCUUUCUCUGGAGAAAGCAGUCAGAUUGGAUGUGAAGGCAAGGAGGAGGAGUGGAGUGUUUUGCUUUGUGACGCUGCCUUGUUUCCUUUUUACUCUCCACGUGGCUUUAAAACCUCAGCUGAGAAGCUGCAGAAGCAGCAGCUGCUGGAGGGCGAGUCACCUUGCUCCUUCAACCCUUCUCAUACAUCUGCCCCUUUUCCUAGCUCACUUCCCGAGGCAGAAGGAAGUGUGGAGAAUGACAGUUUUGACGUGGCGGAAAGUCAAGCCCUCAUGAAUAGACUGCAGUGGGACGGAUCUUCAGAUAUCUCGCCUUCUGACUCGGCUUCAUCGAAAGCAAGUAAGAAUCGGACGGGGUGCCCAGUUAGAGCACGGCAUAAGUUGGUGAUGGACUGGGCUGCCAUUAGUGCUGGGAUGGCAUGUUCUUUGUGCCUUUUCUAAAACAAUCUUCCCCAAGAACCUUUUACAGUGGUAUAUCGGGUUACGAACUUAAUUCGUUACGGAGGUCCGUUCUUAACCUGAAACCAUUCUUAACCUGAGGUGUGCUUUCGCAAUUGGGGCCUCCUGUGCUGCCGCAUGAUUUCUGUUCUCAUCCUGGGGCAAAGUUCUUAACCCAAGGUACCACUGUACAAAGUGUUGUCAACAGAGGAAAGUGUCUAUGAAACAUACCAGAGGCUUAACAGGCACUUGCCUUCUUCUCCACCUCAGGUACAAACAACUCAGAGUCCCGGAAAACCAAAAAGAAGAAACCGCACAUGAGCCUGGUAGGAGGUGCUCCAGGAAUGAGCUCCAGCAAGAAGAAACUGAAGCCGAAGCAGCUUGCACCUCCCACCCCCAGCCUUUAUGACGACAUCAAUUGA